AUGAAACGACACUUAUCAGUCGAGAAUUUGAGCGAACCAGCUCAAAAUUUGAAAAGACUUCGUGAAAAUUUAAUCCAAAAACACAUACCAAAUUCAGUACCCGUUGUUGAUCCUAUUGCAGAUGAAAUCGAGAAAUAUUUACAACUUGAUGUUAAUUGUGAUGAUGUGCUCCAAUUUUGGCGAUCAUCAGGAGAUAAUUUUCCUCAUUUAAAAGUUCUUGCUCAAAUUGUUCUUGCAAUUCCAGCUAGAUCUACACUAAGUGAACAAGUUUUCUCAACAACGGGUUUAAUUCUCAACGCUAAAAGAACAAAGUUGUCGCCAGAGAAUGUUGAUAGAAUACAAACGAUCCAUGAUAAUUAUAAUUUAUUUAAACCGACUUAG